AUGUCUCCAUUCGGCAAAUACGAUACUGUCGAUAUCUACAUUGUCGACGAAGAUUCCGUGGGGCGGUCGUACAUGUUUAAGCAAGCCGCCGAGAUCGAGUUUGGCUCGGCCGCCUCAAAGCUGGAGGCCACUCUCUUCCCCGAGGACGUCUCCAACAAUCGAUCCUGCCACAUCGUCAUCACAGGCAACGGCAAUGCGCUCGAUGGAACCCACAACACCCUCAACUCUUCCUCCUUUUUCAUGAUCCGCACACAACAAAACGUCAGUGGAACGAUGGUACCUCUUCCAUCACCAACGGCAACGGCAACGGCAACAAUCAGCACAUCCCUCACAUUCACAACAACAGCAACGUCAACUAAAGGCAGGCCUACCACAUACAACGGGACAACCGUCCCUGCAGUAUCCACUGGUAUUCCCACCAACGGCGCACUCCCCUCCGACAAAUCCGCAUCUCUCUCACCACUCGUCAUUGGCCUCAUUUCUGCAGGAUGUGGCGCACUGUUGAUCGCAAUCGUGGCAGUCUUUUUGUUGGUUCGGGCCCGUAGACGAUACAAGGGCAACACAAGUUAUUUUAAGAGUUUGGACGAUCAGCCAGGUUCACCCACGGACGGGAGUACAAAGGGAUCGUCAAAUUUCAAAUCGGAGGACGAUCAAGAGUCAGCAGCAGUAGCGGCCCGGGGUGAAGGUGGUUAUGGGGGCGCGUUGUUUGCAGGAUCGAUUGCUGCCGAACGGAGUUCAUCCAACACUGCACGGUCGGCAGAACCAAUGAUCAAGGGCGUGCCAGCCAUGCUGCCCUACCAUAGUCAAGCACCGUCGUCACCGAUAGCACCGUUGCCAUUGUUGGAGCGCAAGACAUCGACAUUAUACAACGUGCCCGAGAGUGCAGAGAGCGCGGCUGCAGCAGCAGCAGCAGCAGCCACAGGAGCAGCAGCAGUGGGAACGACGGGACGUCAGAACUCGGUGGAAAAGAACCCUGUCCUGACCGCAAACGACGCACAAUUGAUUGCAGAGACGUUCCGGAAAUCGAUGCGGAAGCCUCAGUGGGAGAAUAAGCACGAUGACGACGACGAUGAGACGGAUGAGGCACGGAGAGCAGCAAACACGUUGUUGAUGAAGGAGCUGAGCGAGGAAGGCGUGGAUGUGCAACGGGGCGUGCAACGCCGUGUUACUAUUCAGGACCGUAUCAUUCGUACGCCUGGCGGAUCUACACUCGCGUCGCGUUCUCUUGCCAUUCCACCACCAUAG